CACAGAUUCAAUGCACAGAUUACAGCAGAUGUUCAUUCUAUUUGGCAUUGAUGAAUUAGUUAGGUAUUUAGUUAUUUUUAUGACUUUUCUGUAGCGUUUAUUUACUAUUUAUUAAACAGAAAUGUCUUUUGACGUGAACUGGAACCCUGACAAGUAUAGAGAAGAACACGAGAGCGACGAACAUUGGGAGCUAAGGAAAGCGUUCAUGGUGCGAUGGAAAAAUGACUAUCCCGAAGAGAGAUUGGUAUGCUUGGCUCGAGUAUUUACUAACAUGGAGUUCAUGGGAUGCCGGUAUCCUCCUGAGAUUAUGCACGAAGUAGCAGGUCUAUCACACGAGGUAGCUCAAUCAUACAGAAACUCGAGGAAAACAAAAUUACAAAGAACUUUUGUGUCUGCCUCAACAGCAGCAGAAGAUAGAGCUAAAGGAGUAAAACGAGAAGGUGGAGUGAUUACAAACAGUCCACCUACUAAAUCGGCCAAAAUAGACUUUGUGCCUCAGGGACAAAUAAUUGAGGAACCGGAAGUUGUUGACACAGAUGAAGUGGUUCACAAUGAUAUGCCCACAAAUGAUUUGAAAACUGAUAGCAGUGAAAGUAAAAUUGAGCAAGAAAAGAGCAGUUCUGAACUAGUAGAUAAAACUAAUGAAUACUUGGACGACUUGAUGAAAAUUAAAUGCCUUCAAAUUCGGCAGUUCACUGAUCGAAUGUUCACCACAGAGUAUGGUCGUAUGGUAUUAUUAGUAAGGCCAUGGGCAAGCAAAUUGUGGAAUAUUCAAACUAGUUGUCAAGUAUGCAGUGUGAGCCUACAAACCAAAUACAAUGAUGGCUGGUUUUCUUUAUGUAUUAAUGGAAUAUUAGUUGCCCAAGCAAAGGGGUCAAAAGCUGAGGCAAAAAGUAUAGUUGAAAUGCUAGCAUGGGAUAGAUUAAAGAGAGAAAUUAUAACAGUAUUGGUGAAAGAGCAGUGGAUUGCCCAAAACGGUUCUCGCAUAUCUACAGAUGACAUCACACAGCCCACAAAACAAAAUGACUUUGGGGCACCUGUUGAUUCGAGUGUCGCUGCUAAGUUAGUGUUAUUAUGUAAUAACUUCAUAUUUUACUAAACUAAUACAGGGGUCAAAGAAUGCGUAAAUGUGGUAAUAUCAUUACUAUGUUUAUUAAAAAGUCGAAUUUUGUCAGUUCCUUAAUCUUAUUGUCAUUGUCAAGUUUUGUUUCGAAUCUUCAAAUAAUGUUUUUAAUAUAUUUAGUCAACAAUCACCAUCUCAGUCACACAGGCAACUUGGCCCUUUACUGUAGGCGCCUUACAGCCCCUGCUAUGCAGUAUUAAUGUCUUAAUAUUUACAGAAAACACUUUGAAACUUAUGCAUUGCAUUGUAAAUAUAAUAAUCAGUGGGUUAAAACGCGUGUUUUCAAAAACGUUUUCGUAUCUUCUUUAUCUCGGCAUUUCGAUUUUACUUGGUGGCGGAAUAUUCUUUAUCGGAAGCAGAUAUUUGAUGCAGACAGCAAUGCAUCAGUCGCCCUGUGACGAUGAUCUGUGGAAGCUGCUCGAAACUUCAGGAUAAAGAAG